AUGCUGAGACUGAGGUUCCUGGCUAUCAUUACCGCCGUGCAGAGUGCGCUAGCAGUGACCGAGCUGCUGGAACGUGCCGUGGAGUGUGGAAAGCGCAAUCAAACGACGAUGUGGCCGUUUCAUGUCGGUUUGUACCGGGCCGUCGGCGAGGAAUCACUCUACUUCUGCGGCGGUACCAUCGUCAGCAGAUGGCAUGUGGUCGGGUCGGCCCAUUGCGUUCAGCCGCACACACCGGAGGUGCUAUCCGUGCGCUACGGGACCUACGACUUGGCACAGCCGGAGGAAGUGGCUCGGUGCCGAGUGGCGAAGAUAAUUGUCCAUCCGGGUUACUCUGGACCGGACUUCCAGAACGAUCUGGCCUUACUGGAGCUGCGGGAUCCGCUUCCACUCGGACCGCUGGCCCAACCGGUGUGCCUGCUACCGGCCGGCGUUGAUCCGGUCCUGCAGGAUCCGGAGGGUACGCGCGGUAUCAGCGUCGGCUGGGGUGUCGGUCCACAGAACAUUUACACGCGCGUCCUGCUCGUCUCCGACCUGGAGGUUUACCCGCAGAGCAAAUGCAAGGAGCUGUUUGCAGCGAAAUUCUUCGACGGUAAUGAGUUCUUUUGUGCCGUGUCUCCCGUGUGCAGCGGAAGCGGCGGCAGUGGCUUCUAUGUGCAGGUGGACGGCCGGUACUACUUGCGGGGAAUGACAACGUUCGGCGUUGCACCAAAAGGAAAGUACGUUUGCGGGAUGAACACUCUUACCGGCCUUAUUAACAUGGAACAGUACACGGAUUGGCUGCAACAACGUAUCGCCGAGCAUCGACCGACGCCUGUUUCACCUCUAACCACAGCCCCGAAUCGUACAAUAGUAGAAUCUGUCAAAAAUGUGAAUAGCAAAUAG